AUGUCUGACCCCUUUGCGAACCUCAUCAAUACCUUUAAAGGCGGGGCAACCAAUGCCCCCCAAAAACAGGGCUCUCCAGCUGUCGAAAAUGGUGAAUCUGGUCAAAAACAAUCUCCGAAGCCGGGCAAACUAUUACAUGAUGAUUUUGAUGAGUUAUUCGGGCUGAGAACGAAUACAAAGGAUUCCAAUGGCAGCGCACCGGUAACCAGUGAUCCCUUUGAUGUCGCAUUUGAUGCUUUUGACGAAAGCCUUGCUGCUGGGGGGGUCGAAACGCGCCAAGAAGCGAUAGAAACGGAACCAGUCGUUGACGAAGUUCGCGACAUGGAGAUUGCUCGUCUUAUGUCACUUGGACUCUCCUUCGAGGAAGCUUCAAAGCUCAAUGAGGAAGGCGUUUCGUAUGAGGAAAUGGUGAGGCGACAGAAAGCCUCGACACAACGCCAUGUUGAAAGCCCCCAGCGACGAAUUGAAAAGGCCCAGCCGGAUUUCUUCAAUACGGCUACCGCUUGGAUGAACAAAGGUCGUGCUUUUUUGGAUGCGAAAUUCAAACAGAUGCAGAGCGAUAACUCUAGUGAGACUUUUGGCGAUUAUUUAAAAUCCCGAAGUCCCGACCCGGAACUGCGCGAUUCGCCUUUUUCGGACUAUGGGGAUAGGGAUUUAACGGCAAGAAAUUUUGUUGAAGAUGAUCACAGAUCCUCAGUCCAGUGUGUCUCUUUGUCGAGUCAUUCGACCCCAGUCCCAAGCCCCGAACCAGCCGCCACCGACGUAUUUGCUACAACAAAAAGUCAAAAGAAGGAAUCCGAAGAACAGACCCAGCCGGAAUCGCUUCUUGUUGAUUUUGAAACUGCCUCCCCAUCCGAGAUUCAAAACAAAUCUGCUUCCACGGGCUUAAGCCAAAUUGAAGCGCAUAGCUUUGAAGAGUUUAGAACGAAGGGAACACAAGCCUUCACGGACGGUGACUACGCGAAUGCUCUUUCAUUCUACACGAAGUCUUUGAACACACUUCCGCCGCGGCAUGCGUUGAGGGUCAUCUCAUUGUCGAACAUUAUGGCGACGCAGCUAAAAAUAGGAGAGUACAGAAAGGUUAUAGAGAACUCUGAAGAUGCAUUGGACGUCAUAGGCGAAAGAAGUCUCGAUGAACAAGUGUCUGUUCUCGUGCCGAAUAAAGAUUUCAAGAGUUUUUGGGCUAAAAUCAUGUUAAGGCGGGCUGAAGCGCUCGAACACAUUGAAGAUUACGGAAAGGCUCUUGAAGCGUAUCAGCUUCUAAUUUCAAAAGGUUUAUGUACCCCUAAGAUCAUGGAUGGCAGAAGACGCUGCCAGAAAAUCCUCAAUCCCGAAAAAUUCAAAGCUUCGGCCUCACCCGCGCCUGAGAGGCAAACUUCAAAGCGAACUGGAAAACGAGUAUCUCCAUCUUCUGUGUCAUAUGAUUCAAAAUUGGCCACUGUCAAAGCUCUUCAACAAAAAGAACGUGAUAUUGCAGAUCAAAGAGCCGAUUUACAGGCCAAGAUAGAGUCACGUAUUUCACAAUGGACGAAGGGAAACGUCGAAGACUUAAGAAUCUUAUUGACGAAUCUCUCAGAAGUACUUGACUGGUGCGACUGGAAGCCUGUAGAUCCAGCGAGUAUUGUCAUGCCAAAGAAGGUCAAAAUUGUUUAUCUAAAGGCAGCCGCCAAAACUCAUCCAGAUAAAAUUCAAGACUCUUGGCCUCUUGAGAGGAAAAUGAUGGCCGAAAACAUAUUCGUGGUUCUAAACAAAGCGUGGGAGCAAUUCAAAGAAGAGAACGGCAUUAAUUGA